CCUCACUACCGAAACAUACAUGGAGGUUUCGUCCUCUCAGGUCGCUCUCAUCAGCCCCCGAUGAGGUGAGGUGCCUGUGCUCUUGUGUCGCCACCUGAGGAAGGGAGCAAGAGCUUCCUCCCUCCCUCCCUACCUCCCCCUCGCCCCCUUCCAUGCUGCCCGUUCCCAUACAUCACCGCAAAAGCGCUAAAGUGCGCGAUCAUAGCAGCCCUCUGCUCUGCUCCUCUAUUAAAGUUCAACCCAGGCGAGAAGAUGACCAGAGCAAAGAAAAAGCAGCAGUGACCGGGUUGGGAAUCAGCUCCGAGGCCAGCUAGAUACCCCGAAUUGUAGCAUCUGGCCUGAUACGAUGAUGCGCUUUUCCUCCUCCACCAACAACACCCCGGUCUUGACUUCAUCCGACUUGUGAUACGAUCUCCCUCUUGGCACCGAUAUCCCCCCAGCCCAACAGAAGCAUCACCCGCAGCGGCAAUAGUAGUAGUAGUAGUAGAAGCAGCAGCAGCAGCAGCACAAGGCAGGCAGGCAGCAAGCGAGCGUCCCAUCCCUUUGCUCUUCCUGGGACUCCCUCCCUAUCCCUUUCCUACACCUUCUCCUCGUCAUCAACCAUCCAUCUCUCGGCAUCGACUCCGACAUUUCGCUGGAGGGGUUUUGGAGCGACUCUCCAAUUUGGCCGAUUCAUGAGUGUGCAAAGGGUGGAUGCUCGGAAUACAUCUGGAAAGGGAACAGGUCACAAGGAAGGACGGGAAGAGAGGGAGGAAGUUAGAAAGGAAGGAAGAAGCGGGACGGACUCUCGAUGCCCAGACUGUCGUCUGCUCCUCGUCUGACGGCGUGGGUUGGUUUCGGUGAUCGGAUUGGAGAUUGAUCCGGGACGCGGAGGAGGAGACAGCACCAUGACGAACCUGGGAUUUUCCAGCUUUCAGGAGCAAGUCAACAUGUGGAAACCCAAGCAGCAAUCGUCCAACACUUCGUUCCAGCUUUCGCUGCGAGGUGGAAGCAUGUGGAUCUAGCAACCAUGUCGGCGUACAACAGCAGCAAGAGCAGCAGCGGCAGCGGCAGCAUCUUCUUCGACAUCUUCUUCUUCUUCCUGGACCAUUCCUGAUUCUGUCCCCGAGUCGACCACAAUGAUGACUUCUACAACCAGACCGGCUCCUGGCGGAGUGUGGAUGGCUGGCAACUCUCCUGAUUUGAGACUCGCAUCCUGUAUUCCGGGCAUCGAGAACGAUCUGAGAUGGAGGCCCACAAACUGCCAGAGCCCGAGCUCGAACGAUCCGACCGCCAUGAAGGACGAUCUUCCUUCAAGCUCGGGCUUUUCGGCCAAGGGAAUGCUGGACGAUGAAUCGUGGUACAUGGGGCCCGAGAGCACGCUCUUGGAUGAGAUGAAGGAGCUCGUCGGCUCUCAACAGCAGCAGCAGCAGCAGCAGCAUCAACAUCAACACCAACACCAUCACCAGCACCAGCAUCAGCAGCAGGAUAAUAUGUCGUCGGCGCAUUUCAACACCUUGGACGCGCCGCAUUUGCACGGCCUCUUCAACCGCAGCAAUGUCAACAGAUCUUUCGGCGGAUUAUCGUCGUUCCUGGACACCGGGAUGCAAUACGAUGGAGGGAUGAGCAGCAUCCACUGCCAGGGAGGAGGAGGACCAGCAGGAGCAGCGGGAAUGGGUGGGAAUUUCCUGCAGCAUCAACAUCAACCCCAGGCCGAUGGUCAAAGCGCCGUCGGCGGCAGCAGCAGCUCGGGGGGCAUUGCGAUGCCGAGUCUGGGGCCGAAUGUGCACAGCGGGAAUGUGCGCGGUGCGCUGCUGAGCAAUUUGAGUCCGCGAGGUGGGCUGCAGGUGGAGGGCGGCGGCGGCGGUGGUGCUGCGUUCGGGCACCAAGGCGCAAACUUGAAUAAAUUGCUCAGCACCUGCAGUUUCACGAACGCCGUGGGAGGGUUCAACAAUCAUCAUGCUCAUGCGCAUCACAGCGCCCAUCAUGGACUUGGCGCCGCCGGCAUGGGCAGCGGUGGAUUCGGCGACACCUAUAACAACUCUUUGAGCAGAAAUCUCAUGGCCAAGGACAAUCAUUCCUUGCAGAUGCUGAACGUCGAGCGCCCUCCGUACCUGUCCAAGCACCUGCUUUGCUCGAGCUCCAGCGCGCAGAAAGUCGCUCCUUGCAGCACCACCAGCACCAGCUCGCAGCAGCACAAGAGGGGAGGAACAUUGCGGCACGCGGUGUCCGGGGGCCCAAUUUCGCCCGCCCCCGUCGACAAGGCGUCGCUGCGAGUGAUCACCUCGGCCUCCAAUGACUCGUCCGUCAACAUGCCCGGCGACGAUCGCUCGAACGCGGGGGGCAAGCCGGACAAGGCUAUGGUGGUCAACAUGUGCGGCCCGGCCCCGGCCCCAGCCCCAGCCCCGUCGUCGGCAGGCGCCAAGGACGAUGGCAAGGCCAAGCUCGGCUCGGAUGACGGAGGGGCGACCGCAGGCGACACCGAUAUGGCGGAUACGGAGCCUCGAUUGGAUCAAGACGAGGCGAAGGAUGAUGACGAUAUAGAGGAAAGCGGCGAUGGCUCGGGGCUAUACGAGGCCGACGACAUGAAUGGCAUGGACGGUCAAGGCCCAGGCACGGCUCUGAGCUUGCAUGGGGAGAAGGGCAAGGGCAAAAAGGGCCUGCCAGCUAAAAAUCUCAUGGCCGAGCGCAGGCGUCGCAAGAAACUCAACGAUCGUCUCUACAUGCUGCGCUCCGUGGUACCGAAGAUCACCAAGAUGGACAGAGCUUCAAUACUCGGAGAUGCGAUCGAGUACUUGAAGGAGCUUCUAGACCGCAUCAAUGAUCUGCACAAUGAGCUAGGCUCGACCACUCCCCUGGACCGACCACCUAUCCAGCAGCAGCAGCAAAAUAACCACAACAAUAACAACAGCAGCAACAACAACAACAACGUCGUUAACAGCGCUGCCCUGCAAGCCGCCAUGCCGCAACCGAGCUCGUCUACGUUGACAACAUGCCGAGUGAAAGAGGAGCUGCCAUCGUCAAUUCCGAGUCCUGAUUCGCAGCAGCAACCGCAAACGCUAAGGGUGGACGUGAACAUGGGCGAGAGGAGAGGCCUCAACAUUCACAUGUUCUGUUCGAGAAGACCGGGGCUCUUGCUGUCCACCAUGCGUGCUCUGGACGGGCUGGGGCUGGAAGUGCAGCAGGCUGUCGUUUCAUGCUUCAACGGCUUUGCUCUCGAUGUGUUCCGUGCUGAGCAAUUGCAAGACAAUGAAAUCGGCUCGGAGGAAGUACGAUCGGUGCUGCUCCAUGUGGCAGGGGCUAACGUCAGUGCCCUUCAGUGAUCCGAAGAUGAGGCCGAAAAAGAGAACGCAUAAUCCUUGGAUACUGGGACUAGUGUAAAUAGAAUGGAGUUUUUCUGUACUCUAUUGAUUUUAGUCCGGGGUGAGUGGAAGAAGAGGUCGUAGCUGAGCAAUCCACCCGGCCAGCCAGCUAGCCAGAUCUGUGACCGGGCAAUGUCUACCUAAAUUUCUAAUCUCGGGAGCUAGAUCAGAUCGCUUACUCAGUGUUAGUCUGACAGCCUGCCCCACGGUCAUUCGAAUUGAACGCGAGGAAGGAACAGGCCCUUCGAUGAUUAUUUCUUGUUGCCCGAUCAGUCAGUGUAAUGGACCCUCAUUCCAUCCCUGAGCUUUUCUAUCCGAAUUCCCCAUGGUACUCAUUUGUGUAUACUAUUAAAUAACCGAGACUCGUGGAAUGCAGUCUCCCAACUUUUAAGGCC